UUCGGACAGUAAAACUUCGGCGAAAAGGCAGAACACCGCGCUACAGCCAAUCAAACAUAGACUAAGUAUCUACCUACAUGCUGUACCAUACUCGUAUUCACAAAAACUGUUGCCUCAAUAUAAUUUGCAAUUGGGUAUGUCUUAGAGCCACAAAUAAUAUAAAAACACUCAAAUCGCAAUCUAAGUACAAUAUUUUUUUUAUGUCAUAUGAACAUCACAACACAUGAAGUAGCGGGUUUGUUUUGCCGGAUGCCGCGUGCGCCAGUUAGCGCCUCUGCCUCGCACAGCGAACUCGCGUCUCCAUAUUCCGUACAAUUGCGAACGCCGAUCUUACCGCGUAAAACUGAACUAUGAUGAACUUGUGAAAAUUAUUUGGAAAAAUAUAAUCGUUAGUGUUAUAUUAUUGACAUGUAUAAUUAUAAAGUGAUUAAAUGUUCUAAAUAGCUGAAUAUUAAAAAUAUAAUUUAUAAAAAAUAUACUAGUUUAAUUUUAAAGCUUCACUUCACUUUACUUGAAGCUUCAGUGUAAUUAUGUUUCUUCUGGAUUAGGUACAAUGGACAAUAAUGGAUAUAUUAAGGUCUGGAAACGAUUCAUGGACGAAGCGAUUGUGUGUAUGUAGUGAAAGAUCAAUAGUGUAAACAACAAUUAACGAUGUGAAAAAUACCAAUUUUAAUAAAAUGGGAUCUUUUGUACGUGUAAAUGACACAAACUUUACCAACGAACCUGUGGACCCCGUACUGAUAUUCGGGCCACAAAGGGACCCCAUGUAUAUAGUGAUACCUAUAACAAUAAUGUACUCUAUUAUAUUUGUGACCGGACUUUUUGGAAAUAUUUUCACAUGCUUAGUGAUAAUUCGAAACAAAAGUAUGCACACCGCAACGAACUAUUAUUUAUUUAGUUUAGCGAUAUCGGACUUACUUUUGCUCAUUAGUGGUAUGCCUCAGGAGAUGUAUUCAAUAUGGUCGAAGUGGCCAUACGUGUUUGGACCGGCGUUCUGCCUGAUUCGAGGGCUGGCGGCGGAGACGUCAACGAACGCCAGCGUUCUGACGAUAACUCUGUUCACGAUCGAGCGGUACCUGGCCAUCUGCCACCCGUUCCUGUCUCACAAGAUGUCGAAGCUGUCGCGAGCCACGCGGCACGUGGUGGCGCUGUGGGUGGCGGCGCUAACGCUGGCACUGCCGCAGGCGCUGCAGUUCGGCGUGCGCAGCCACCAGGGCGUCGCCAUGUGCCUCCAAACCCGAGUCAUCAUACAGCACUCCUUCGAGAUGUCAACAUUCUUCUUCUUCUUCGCCCCCAUGGCGCUAAUAACAGUACUUUAUUCUCUAAUCGGACUGAGAUUAAAAAGAUCAGAUUUAAGUAAUGACGUACCGGGCCAAAAGGAAUCAAAAACAAAAAUGAGAUUUACCCAUAAAGUACAGAGGAAGCACAGCCAGUCAACGAAGCGCGUCAUAAAAAUGCUAGUGGCUGUAGUAGUGGCAUUCUUCAUAUGCUGGGCGCCGUUCCACGCGCAGAGGCUCGUGGCCAUCUACGGCACGGACGAGCACCACCGCCCGCGCUCAAGCCUGCUGCUGCACGCCUACACCGUGCUCACGUACAUCUCCGGGGUCUUCUACUACUUCUCCACCAGCAUCAACCCCAUACUUUACCACAUCAUGUCGAACAAAUUUCGGGAAGCUUUCAAGGUGAUUAUUUUCAGAACACGCUGGUGCGGUGCUGCCGACCGGGAGCGCGUGCCGUGCAGCGCAGCUCUUACACGACCCUCGCUCUCGGGCGAAACCCCGCCUCCAGCAGCACUGACAACUCAGGUAAUCAUCCUAAAGAUGGCGCCUUUGGUGACAAAAGAAUUACAAGAGGAUCUCUAAGGUCAUCAUCAGAUAAAAAGAUCAAAUUCGACUUUGAACGUAAUAUAAUUUAUUAUCAACACAAAUAUGCCCAAACCGAUGUCUCAUUCAAGCGAGAUUUAGAAAAUGGGCUUUAUGAAACCAAAGGAAUAGACGAAAAGAACGGCCCUAAAGAAAUAUACGUUGUAGCUUCAACGGAGCCCAGUGAAGAUACUCAAGACUCCAAAGUUACUCUGACAGACGAGCCUGACGCUUACAUUAGAGAAAUCCGAGACAGGAUCAAUCGACGUCAGAAGGGAUAUGGAUAAAUCAGAGCAUUUCUCAAACAGGAAAUGGCAGCUGGGAUACUCCUAGCAGUUAAUUAUACAGUGCGCUCAUCAUUAGCGCUCGCGUCGUUGUCAUACGAAGCGGGUCAAAAAGGCACAUGUUUUGCGAUAUAUAAAGGACUGCAUUCAGGUUGGUCUACUAUCCGGUCUUUAAUAAGUAGGUGAAGUGCUUGCAUAUUAGUACUGUUCUUCAUUCUAUGGUAUAUAUUAAAGUAGCGGAGACCGAGGGGAGUUGAAACAAUUUAGACAUUAAAUCUUUUUCCUAGAAUUGUACAAGAUUAUUACCGAUGGAUAGCCCAUUUUUUCCUCUUUUAUAAAUGCCGUAACUUUCUCUAAAAGGGUACCAAAGUUAAAUAUUAAAUAAAUAUUUGGGUUCAAUCUUACUCAGAUCGACCUAGCCCCAAUCUAAGCGAAGCUAAGAUAAAUAAAUAUAAAUACAUAUAAAUCCAUGACUCAGAAACAAAGUUCAUCACACAAAUAAAUGCCCUUUCCGGGAUUCGACUCCAGGACCAUCGGCUUUAUAGGCAGGGUCACUACCCAUUAGGCCAGACAGACAGGCCGUCAAUAUAAACGCUUGCGCGAAAAAAUAAUUUUGUGGGAAGUUGAGCAAAUAAUUCUGUGGGGAGUUGAAACAAGCCUAGGCUGAAAUGUUUUUUUAGCUGUAAUAUUUGAAACGUUUUUUUUAUAAAAAUUAAAUAUUAACAUUCAAUUUUUAAGCAUUUUUUUACUGAAUUUCAAUUUUGCAUUUUACGCAACAAUAACAUUUUUUUAAACUUACCAUUAAUUUGUUACGUGAGAUCAAAAUUAACAGACAUAAUAUUAAUUAAACAACUGACUUAUAGAUGCAAAUCCUGUAGAUAUUUCUUGGCUCGCCAUACCUCUGUCUACGUUUCUUUUAGUACUCAGCAGGCAUAUAAUUUUUUUUAAAGAGGAUAAAAUAACCUUCACCUUUUUUAAUUGUACCAAAAUAAAACCGAGGAAAGUUUAUACAAUCUGUUUGAAAUUCCCUCAGUAGCAAAACAACUCCCAUCUGUUAUAAAUUGGCAUCCCAAACACAAACAAUAAGCAAUGACUCGCAUCGUUCACUACUAAGUCACACGAACACGUCGCUAAAAGCCGCUCCAUACAAUAGGAGUAAAAAGAACGAGUAGAAAAUUUUGUAUGUAUAAUUUCUACUGCCAUCAAUUUCUUUUCAUUACAAUUUCUAGCAAGGGAAACUAGGAAGACAUAUAGGCCAAUUCAAACGUACACUGACAUCAGAAUUAUAUUAUUGUCUAAAUGAUAUAAUUUAGUUAUCGUGCGUCUCUCUCUCGCGCCAAUACAAGUACCGUCAGACCGUCGACCAUAAGACUUACAUACGACUAUAUCUAAUAGGCCAAUUCGAACGCACACUGCCACUGACAUCAGAAAUUGUAUUUAGUUCGUACUUGUUCGUACCAUCAAUUGGGCUAACUGGGGAACGGAGGGUUAGCAUUAGACAAAGGAAAUAUUUCUCAAUUAUACUUAGGUUAUACUGAAAGUUCCUGGAAUCUUUUUUUUUAUAUUUGUAAUAAAUCCCUGCCAUAUAAUUUUCAAACAGCAUUCCUAAAAUACAAAUCAUCACCGAACAAAUUGUAUCUAAAAAUAGACAAUAUGCGAUAUUUUCAACAAAUAAACAUUUUCAUUGCGUGACUCUAAAUGGCUCAUUCCGGUAACUCCGGUGACUGACGACAGUGUGCUUUUUAUAAUCUUUAAACCAGGAUUUAACAAUCUAAGGGUAAAAUUUUCAACUAGCUAGUCGAUUAGUUCAUAGGGUUACCUUUGAAUUGGCCUGUGACACAUUAGCAAGUUAUUGAUAACUACAAAGCCAUUAAAAUUUUCAUUUCGUAUUAUUUUUGCCGUGUGUGGUAACUCCAAUACCGGGCGCCUUGAGACAAUAACGUAUGUCGUAAACUGAGGGGCCCGCGGACGGAGGGGCGCAGCUAAAAAAAUCUGCGAAUCGAUAACGGUUAUAGGUGCAGAAAAAAUUAUGUUAUUCCAACGCACCUCUGUUUCAAAACGCCUCGGUCUCUCCUAAACAAUUUCUAUUAAUAGUUACAUAAAUUGCAGAGCUUAACAAUAUGAAGAUUUUUAAUGUGAACGCAGGUAUAAUUAAAAUGAUGUAGGUAAGGUUUAAUGUUGUUACUGGUACAAGCAGGCAAGCAGGGUAUUUAUUAGUAACCUUUUGCAUUGCAUAAAGGCAGAAAGCGAAAAAGCAUUUUCACCACAACAGCUCGUAAAGUCAGUCUUUAUUCGUCAAAAACGGGUGACAAAGUUACGUUAAGUUUUAUUCACAAGAGUGGCAACGUAAUGAUGAAAAUUCUGAGAUGACUUGUGGAAUUGACUUUUAAGUGAUGAUACUGAUGAUUUAGAAUGAUAAUUACAUAACAGCAUUCACUUGGAUUAAAUUUGUAGUGUUUCACAGUUAGUAUAUUUCUCGCUUUGGUGUGGUGAACCUUUUUGUGAUUCACUCGGUAGCAAAGUUUGUUUACCCCUCGUGCCUUGAAACCCUCGCAACGGUCAAGAUUCCACUUUUCGAACGGAAACGAAGCGAAAUAUUCAAUUUUGGAAUAAUUGGGCAUGAGGAGUUUCGAGUAAAGAACAACUUUGCCCCCGUGUAAAACCAAUAAAACUCGGUAUUUCAUGGUUUCGUAAAAUUGUAAUUGGAAUUAGAAAGUUUUCCAUGUAAUUAAUAUUGAUUGUGUAUGAUGUAAAAUGUUUUAACCCUCAUUUGCUAUUUGAUUCAGAACAAGAACAAAGGUAUGUUAAGUACCUAGUUAAUAUAAUGCAUUGUGAAAUUGCACAUGGCUUUAGUAAAUCAGGGGAUGAUAAUGUAAUUAAGAAUAUUGCUUUAGUGUGAUUGCAUAUUGCAUCUCACUUUGAUUGCAUCUUUUUUACAGAAAUGUCUAGAUCACAAAACGGAAAAGUGUUAAGACGCGUGAAUCCUAGAAUGUCUUUGUUUGUACAAAAGUACCAACAUUCCUAAUUAUACCAAAAUAUCGAAUCGACGUCGUAAGACCUAGAACUCAUAUUACCUCAAAAUUCAUUAUCUUCUUUAAUUCAUUAGUUCAGUUACGAAAUAAUUGCAUUAAAAUGCCUUAAUAAGACCUUAUGUCAUACAUGAUUAUAAUAGACCGCAAGCCAGUAACAGAUUUCCAUGAAACCGGGCGAUAACUCGUGUAGUGGUUAACGGCUAUGUAUGAUGAUCCCUCGUGGACGUCAGGUUCCGCUCCGUUGGUGGGUUGAGGAAUGGCAGCCACCGAAACACGUAAAAAAAAAUCAUCCAGGAAGCGAUGACUAACGAUGUUCCUGGCCCGCGUUCUAUAAUAUACUUUAUUUAAAAUUGUGUAGCGUAAAAUGUAUAGGUAAACUUUUCGCUACUUAAUUCCAGAUAUAUAUCUGUAUAUAUUAAUUUAGAUUUUCAGCCCCCGUUUUUUACCCACUAGACUGGUUUUACACAUGUGCAAAUUAGUAAGGUAUAUGUGGGUGGCCCAUCGUAAGAUCAGGCAGAUCCUGAAAUUCCUAGGCAUAUCGUGAAACGUGUUUUUUUUGUCUCUUUCCCUGAGUUCCCUAUUUCUGGACAGUUUUCCCCUCGGGCAUCUGAAUCAACUGAACGAACCUAUCCUACCUAUUUAUUGGUUUUUGUUACUACCGUCAAUACAUUACACAGAACAAGAACAUUGCGAUCUGCCUGAUCUUAUGAUCGGCUGCCGACAUAUAUAAUAUUAUCUAUAGGUACACAACACAAAAAUAUUGUUAUAAUGAGUAAUAUAGGUACACAAAAAUAUUGAUUAGACGAUUUAGACCUGAAUCAAAUAACAGAUGACAGUACGAGUAAAAACUUAUUUAUUUGUCAUUGACAUUUGGCAAAUUCGUAUUCAGAUAUAAAUAUUUGUUUAACUUCGUAUGAGGAACUCUUUGUCCGGAGCCGGCGUUAAGGGAUCAAAAUGGGAAUGUCAAGAUUGAAAACACAAUAUUUUAUUAAUGUAAUUCAUGUAGUAGAUAAACAUUUAACCUUAUACCUAUACAUGUGAAAUGUGAUCGUUGUAAUAGUUCUCUGUCAAGGCUGAUUCACGAAAGCUACCACGAAUUGAAUGAACGAAACUUGUACUUUACGAAUGACACCUGUCGUCUGUACGACAGGUGUCAUUCGUAAAGCCCUGUGGCUAUAACCGCGAAAAUCGAAGUUCGGUAAUUGCGGGCCUUUUUCUCUUUCACUCUAAUUAUGUCGUAGUAAGAGUAAAAGAGUAAGAUCCCCGCAAUUUGCGAAUUUCGGGUUUCGCGGUAGGCCCCCAGGUGUCACUCCGAAUACCGAUACUCGAUAUACCGAUGUAUACAGUGAGAGCCACCAUUCUAUUGGUUAAUGUGAUACACUCAUAGAUUGAUAUCAUUCACUCAUUCCAUUCGUGUCAGGGCUAUAACCGGGAAAAUCGAAGUUCGUCAAUUGUGGGCAUUUUUCAGUUUUCUCUGUCACUCUAAUUACGUCUUAAUGAGAGUAAAGGAGAAAGAUCCCCGCAAUUUGCGAAUUUCGGUUUUUGCGGUUGGCCCCCUGCUCUUGUCAAUCGACCUGUAGUUCUCUAGAUCCGACGGAUCUCUUAGUUCCAUACAUUUCGGAUCUAGAUCUAGAACCUUCGUGAACGCCCGUUCAUGUCAAGAUUUUACUCUCAUCGUGAUGUUUCAAUUCCAAUCCAAUCCAUAAAUAUGUAACUACAGGUGUUGUAAGACUGAUUUCAUUAUAUUAUGUAAGUUAAUAUAUUAUUAUAAUUAAAAAGAAAAUCUACUUUUAAAGGUUAAUUGCUAUUUGGUAAGUAAUUUAAUUUUGUACAUUUUUAUCUCCCUAAAUAUAUUCGUAUUGACUAUUGUUACCUACCCGUCAAUUUAUUCGAAUAUUUAAAAAUAUGUAUUUGUAGUCAGUACCCCUAGUGUAAAUAAAUUCGAUUUCCAAACGUGACGUACGCGUUUGCGUUUGCUAGGGGUACAGUACCCCUAGUGUAACUGUGAUCGACAUCAUAACGUGACGAACGCGUUUGCGUUAAGUGUCAUUUUGUAUAGGAUUUUGAGUUUCCAAAACGUCCCGCUUGGCGCGCUCUUUCGAAAUUCAAUACAAAAUGAGACUAAACGCAAACGCGUACGUCACGUUUGGAAAUCGAAUUUAUUUACACUAGGGGUACUGAUCUGAAAGUUUCGAAGUAAAAAUUUCGUUCGUGAUUCAUUUCAAGUAUUAAUAUUCAUAUUGUCAUAAACUGUCAUAAUAUGUAAUAAUUAUACUUACUCUACAAUAUCGUCUCGCUGUCAAGGCGACGAGGGAGGUUGGGGGGUGAAUGUUCAAAUUAGUACGAAUAUCACUACAGCUCUAUCUAAUCAAUAAUCAACCGAAAUAAAAUAAAUAAUUUUCAACAGAAAAAAGUACGCAUGCAAAUUACUUUGUAUCAAAAUAAAAAUAUUUCUCUAAAAAGUAUUUCUCUAAAUAAAAGUAUUUUUCGUUAAAUGACUUUGCGUUGUACCUAUAUAACAGUCGUAUUACACAAUAUUUUGUAUUAUACAUGAAACUCAUACUAAAUAAAUUCAUAGCAACAGUCCAAACGCACACAUAUUCGCGGACAAAUGGAAAUCUUUGCAAGUUUUAACUCUUCCUAUGUAAUAAUGUAACGUAGUAAAUAAAAUAUAAAUCUUCUUCUUCUUCCUCGCGUUAUCCCGGCAUUUUGUCACAGGUCAUGGGAGCCUGGGGUCCACUUGGCAACUAAUCCCGAAAAUUGGCGUAGGCACUAGUUUUUACGAAAGCGACUGCCAUCUGACCUGCCAACCCAGAGGGUAAACUAGGCCUUAUUGGGAUUAGUCCGGUUUCCUCACGAUGUUUUCCUUCACCUAAAAGCGAAAUAAAAUAUAAAUAAAUAAAUUUAAUGUAGAGUCAGCGCCAGAAACAUCUACAUAUACGCCAGAAACUUAUACUUGUGACUGCUAAAUAAAAAAUUAAGAAUUAAGUAUAUUAGACUCAAACUGAUAUUUGUUUUAUAGAAGAACAUAAGGAAAGUCUUCACAUGUGUCAAGUUAUGUCAGCUGUUUUGAGUUGAGUACAAGUAUACUUAUAGUAUAAACAUGAUGAUAAAACAAUAUAUGUAUUAAAUGCAUUACCGAAACUCAAAUUAUUUGGACGACCGGUCUGGCCUCGUGGAUAGUGACCCUGCCUAUGAAGCCGAUGGUCCCGGGUUCAAAUCCUGGUAGGGGCAUUUAUUCGUGUGAUGAGCAUGGAUAUUUGUUCCAGAGUCAUGGGUGUUUUCUAUGUAUUUAAGUAUUUAUAAAUAUUUAUAUAUUAUAUAUAUCGUCUAAGUACCAUCAACACAAGCCUUAUUGAGCUUACUGUGGGACUUAGUCAAUUUGUGUAAUAAUGUCCUAUAGUAUAGUAUUUAUUAUGUCCUAUAGUAUUUAUUUAUUUUGAUUUUAUAUUGAAACACAUACCACACACCCUAUCAAAUUGACAGCGCGACGAGAUUGCGAACUCGAGUAAUACUCGUAAUGUACCGAAUUAACUCAAUUACUUACUUAUACCGUUUGAAAGUUAAUUAACCACGUCAUGCUCUCCGGCAUCCCUCAUUGCGAUUUGGAUUUUUUUUAACGUGAAGAUAGUACACAAUUUGUACAUAUUUGGGUACGAGUACAAGUCAAAUGAAGCCGUUGCUGUAGGGCGUAUCUCCAGCAACCUUUACUGAAUUCCAAUACUUACUUUUUCCGCAAACGAGAGGCUGGAAAUAAUGGUACUAACGAUUUUAUUCUCACAUAAAUGUAAUAGUACCUGGGCGACCGAGCUUUGCUCGGUUAUAAAUAUUUAUUGUAAUAUGGUCGUGUAUAGGUGAUACUCUUAACUACAUUUUUUUACUAAAUUAAACUUGUCUAAAACAAUAAAAAUUAAAAAAUUAUAUAUAAACUUGAACAUAAAAAAAAAAAAUUUAGUUACCGGGCGAGAUUCGAACCCGUAACACUCGUUUAGCAGUCCGCGUCUUAACCCGCUGGACCAGACGGACAGUGGCGGGCAAUACGAAAUUAGCGACCAUAUUCUGCGUCGAAAGAAAAACGCAUGAAAAAUCGAAAACACGCGCUUUCCCAAACAUAAGACUAAUCUAGAUAGAUUGUAUACCCCCAAAAACCCCCAUAUACCAAAUUUCAGCGAAAUCGUAAGAGCCGUUUCCGAGAUCACAGAAAUAUAUAUAUAAAUAUAUAUACAAGAAUUGCUCGUUUAAAGGUAUAAGAUUUGUCUAGAUUGUAAAUACAUAGUUAGUUGCUGGGAAACUUGCAAAUAUAGCCAACUCUCAGCAUUUACUUCAAAUGGUUGUAUCGUGGCUUAGUACUACGCGAAAUAAGCAUAUAAGUUAUAUGAAAAAACCGGCCAAGAACAUGUCGGGCCAUACUCCGUGUAGGAUUCCGUGGUUACCCGUCCGUCAAAAUAGACUUUUCGCUAAAACUCAAUAAUCCUGGAUAAAACGCAAUGUGGGGCUGCCAAAGAGCAUGCCGUAAUUAACCGAUAUUGUUUUUGUCUUGUUCAUGUAAACAAGUCCAACCCAGACCACUCAAUAUAAGUAAGUAAAUAUGUACUUCGAAGCAAUUUCAAAGAUGGGUAUGACUGUGACGUAGGUGUGCUGUUCGUAGAAAUUAGGUAGACAAAUUGUUAAUUAAUGUGUUAACUUUAAACCCCUAGUUAAUGUUGAAAUAUAAAUGGUUUUUGGUUC